AUGUCCACAAUUGACGGUUAUCAUAUCAUGAUAGUUUCAAAGUACUUUGCAACAAUCAACGAUUUCAUUAAUUUGGAAUUUGUAUGCAAAAAAUUUAACAGUAAUAUGGAGAAAUUUCAUUUCAACCCGAUUCCAUUAACUUGCAAAACAAUUAGAUUUUUCUUGAACAUUGAGACUCUUCAUUUAUGGCAUAAAAACGAUGAAACUUUUGGCAAUCUAUUAUUUGUCAAAACAGCGUUCGAUGAAGACGAUGAUAACAAUGAAAAACAUGGAGAUAUAAACAAAAACAAAGAAACUGUUGUGACAAAAGUGUUUUAUGAAAUCAUUGUGUGGUUCAAUGUUAAUUAUGACACCGUUGUCAAAAACGAUGGUCAAAACAUAAAGUUCAAAGAUAUUGCUUACACCCAAACCGAUCGAAUGAAAUUUGGUGAUAACAUACCAAAUUGUGUCACACUUAUUAGUCAUAGUUGUUUCUAUGGAUGUAGCAAUCUGAGCAAUAUAAAAAUACCAUCAAGUGUCACUUUAUUUGGUCCGAGAUGUUUCCAAGCAUGUAGAAACUUGGAAAGUAUUGAUAUACCAUCAAAUGUGAAAUAUAUUGGUCAUCUUUGUUUUUUUCAUUGUGAUAGUCUCAGUAGUGUGACAAUACCAUUAAGUAUAACAUCAUUAAAACGGUGUUGUUUCGCCGUAUGCAGUAGUCUAAGCAGUGUGACUAUACCAACAAACGUGAAUACUAUUCAUAAUAAUUGUUUUUAUGAAUGUAACAAUUUAAGCAACAUUAUAAUACCAUCUAGUGUCACAUUUAUUGGUAAUUAUUGUUUUAAUCAAUGCGCCAGUCUGAGAAGUGUUAUAAUACCACCAUCUGUAACAUUUAUUAGUAAGAGGUGUUUCAAUGAAUGUAUUAAUUUGAGCAACAUAGAAAUACCAUCAAGUGUCACUUCAAUAGGUGUAUGUUGUUUCUAUGGAUGUAGCAAUCUGAGCAAUAUAAAAAUACCAUCAAGUGUCACUUCAAUAGGCGAAGGUUGUUUUUGUGAAUGUGAAAAUUUAAAAAGUGUUUAUGUUCCAUUAAGUGUCACGUUUAUAUAUGCUUACUGUUUCCCCAAAAAAACAGUCGUUCGUCGAAGAUGCGACAAUACCAACAAGUGCUGCAUUAAUUAA